AUGGUUGGAAACCUCGACAAUCCCAAGCGAAGCUUCUUGCUCGAGCAACUCAAAGUCGCCCAAAGCAAAGAUGCGUCUGACAUUAAGCCGCCAACCAACAUGGUUCAAGCCACGUUCAUGCUGAGUCGGGCCCAAAUCGAGUGGCUCAGGAACUGUCUAAGCGCGGGUUAUGUCGAGGCGGAAAGGAACAAGUUACCGAAGGAAGAUGGGGUGGGCCCCGCUUCGGAAGCGAUUGCGAGAGCGAUUCGGGAGUUUGAAGCAAGUGGGGUAUUGAAAGACACGGCGGAGGUCUGGGAUAGGCUUUACAGAACUUUGACUCGGUUGGGUGACAUAUUCGUUCUUGUUGGCGGGUCUCCAAAAUUUCAGGUCUACGAAACGGAUUUCAGAUGGGAAAAGCCAAGGAAGACAAAGAUGGUAUCGAUUAAUAGAGUGGGAAGCUUUUAUAUUGGAGAUAGCAGGGACGAAAAAAGUGGGGUCAAGGUCGGUUUAGCACUGCCUGAGGACGAAAUACGUAUCUUUGCUUCUCUGUUUGAGAAGGGUGUGGAAGUCGGACGCGGAUUACAUCCUACCUCGCCCAUACAGUAA